CGAAGUUGGAACCAACCGGAGUGUCAUCGCCAUCAAUCGAGUUUUGUUUGUUCGUCUGCUUAUGCUUGUUUUUUUCGGUUUCUGCAACUCUGAUUUUCCAUCGUCAAACUGCAAAACAUGCCGUGUCCUGAAAGCGAAAAGCAAGAUGACGAAAUCCACAACGUUUUCAAAAACGAUCCCGUUUUGUUCCUCUCGUACGUACACAAACUGGUACGAGUGGAGACGACAGACAAAAACGUGUACGCGGGAUACGUGAAAACCAUCGAUCCAGUUUCUGAAAGCGUUAUCCUGGUGCUGUUCGAAAACGAUAAGCCGAAGACUCUCCGAGUCAUCAUGGGACACUGCGUGAAGUCGAUAACGGUUGUGGAAGAGGCAACUUCAGAACAACGUCAGCAACUGGAGAACUUGUUCGUGCCGCACUGUGAACAGCUCAGCACCGAACAGAUAAAAGAGCGGCGCGAUAAGCUGUUAUCGUGGCUCAGAAUCAACCGGCUGCCGGUGAAGCAGGACCCGGAAAACACGAAUCAACUGGUGAUUGCCGAUUCCGUGAUCAUCUCACCGCCCUACACCGCUGUAGACUGUCAGUGCACAAACGAGAUAGUCCUGGGCAAAGUCUGCGGUUUGAUAUCUUCCAUGCCAGCAGAUAUCGAAACCUGGAAUGAUUUGUACCAGUAAGAGGUGAUCCUCGAUAAGAUUGUACAGUCUUGCUUCAUGUUCAUAUCACGUUUUAUAUUAUAAAAUGCAAUGUUUUGCCAA